AUGGAUCGAUGGAUGCCGCGGUUGGCGAUCGUCCUGUGCGCGCUCGACGCCCUCGGACGGGCGCGCGCGGCGUCGAUGGAUCCGUGUGAUCAGGCGAACGAGCGCGGGGUGGUGUCGGGCGAACGCGUGGUCGUGGGCGUGGGGUAUUGGGCGGGCGGGGACGUCGCGCGGUGGGGCGACGCGCACCCGUGCGGCGAUCGCGCGACGUUAGGGGCGAUCGGUGUCAACGGCGUCGGUGUCGUCGGUACGACGACGUUCGUGGUGAAUAGUGGAGAGAUGACCGCGCUCAGAGGGACGCGGGCGGAUGAGGAUGGGCUGUACGCGGCGAACGCGAGCGCGACGGCGAUGACGGUCGUGGCGUACACGGCGACGAAACGGUCGACGCCGCGCGUGGUGCGAUUAGAGACGAGUGAUCCCGCGAGCGAAGGUAAGAGUGGGAUCGUGAGCGCGCUCACUUUGCUCGUGACGUUCGAUGAAGGCGCGGUGAAGUAUCUGCGAUGGCACGACGCCGGGUGCGGGAACUGCGGCGGAACUGCGGACGCGCGGUGCCUACCGGUGGGCGAGGGCCAUCACGCGUGCGCCGCGUCCAAGGCUGGGUGCGAUGGCACGUGUUCGGGAUCGGCGUGCGACGUGGCGUUGAACACCACGGAUGCGCUUCGAUGUCAGCUCACCGUGACGAUGGCGACGAGCGGGACGGACGCGAAUAAGGAGGUUUUCGUCGCGGGCGGGCAGCUCGAGCGUUUGUCAAAGUACGCGAGCUCGGGGGCGUACGCGAGCGCCGCGGCGAGCGCCUCCGCCGCGGUGACCGGUGUGACGGGUUUCAUCGGUCGUUAA